AUGAAACUCUCACUUGCUACACCAUCCCACCUCUACUGGGCCACUCUCGUCACUGUUAGCGACCUCAUAUGGACGAUGUGCCAUCCUUGUGACUCCUGCUCCGGCCAAACAUCAAUGUUUGAUCCACUUCAGUCAUCCACCUACAAGAGCCAGACCUGCUCUGCCAGCUCUUGCAUGGAACUGCCCAUUCAUGGUUGCACUAUCAACCAACUUUGCGGAUUCAUAUAUUCCUAUGAAGACAACUCCUUCGUAGAAGUGAUACUGGCCUCGGAAACGCUCUUGUUUGACAAUGGUGCUGGCACCAUCAAGCUUCCAGAAAUUGUCUCUGGUUGUGUUCAUCAGGAUGGCCCUCCUAAUCCCUCCUUGCUUGAAGUUCCUGACCUUGUUGGCCUCGGAGGUGGUCCUCUCUCACUUGUAAAUCAGAUUGGCUCUUCUAUUGAUGAUAAAUUUGCCUACUGUCUUCCUCCCAAUAGCAAUGAAAUCACGUCAGACAGCUCAAAUCCGGUAAGGACACAGAGUUUUCAGGCCAGGAAGGGGUUCAAGAAGUGCCAAUGGCACCAGGUGGUCCUCACGUAUCAUGUGCUCAACCUAAUUGACAUAAGCAUCGGAAACAACAGACUCAAGAUACAAUUUGGUGUUCGCCCUACAAAUACUCUUCGCGGGCUCAGAGUUUGUUCUGGUUAUUGUUGUUUCCGGUUGGAGAAGAUGGCCGCGCCCUCCUCUUUCUCGAAGAUCUGCUUCAACCCGAAGUGUGGCACCUCAUCAUCGGAGAGGUGGUGGAAAGGAUGGAGAUUAAGGUCCGGCAACAAAAAUGUAUUUGAAAAGGAAGCAGGUGGUAACUUCAAGCUCCCUGCACAGAACAAGAUUGACAUUGGGAAUUCAGAAAUUAAUGUGCGGAGUCCUUUAGGUGCAUUGGUUCAAGAUAAUAUAGGAGGCUUGCUGGAUACCAAACAUACAUACUUCCCAGCAAUUUCUCAUCCUGAAGGACUGCCUCUUAGGAUUCGGGAUGCAAAUGGAAAUGAUUGGUUUCUGUCUGAAUGUCUUCCUGAGCAUGACUUGGGUCAUCCAGGGAAGAAGAAGGAUUGGGAUUAG